AGAAUUGCAGUCCAGAAUAUGAUGAUUGCUUAAAUGGUGCCUCGUGUAGUAAUAAAGGUAUCUUCGGUAAUGAUUUUUGUAUUUGUCAUCCUGGUACUUAUGGAAAUAGAUGUGAACAUGUCAUUGACUGUGUGAAUGAGACCUUAGAGUGUAAUAUAACCAGUGGUUUAGUGUGCGGAUUCAAUGUGACGUCAAAAAAUGCCGAAUGUUUAUGCAUAGGCGACUCUCUGGUAUAUGAUAGAGACAGUGAAAUGUGUUUACCUUUAACUUCUACGCCAGAUGUUAGUACCUCAACAACACAGCACACAACUUCAACUUUUCGUAGGUACAAAAUUUGAGUAAAAGUACUUCAU